CGUUGCAAAAACCCAUAUUCUAACAAUUUUUUGCAACGAUUCCCUAGCUCUUAAAAUUAACCCACGCCUCUUUGUCAAAAUUUCCCUCUCAAACCUGAAAUCCCAUCUCCUCUCAAACAAAGUGAAAACCCUAUACUCAUCUCUUUUUCUCUGUCUAGACUUCUCCUCUACUGGGCGACACCAUUUGCCCCGCUAAAGCAGGAAAGCGGCUAGUCGACCACCGUGAAAGUCAAGACCACCGGCGUGCUAGUGUUUCGAUGAUUUGGUGCAUCAACUAUUGUAAGUCGGUGUGGUCCGCUAUUUCUUCGGGAGUUAAUUUGAUCGUGCAAUGACUUCAAGUUGAAAAGUAUGUGCAAAGAGGGAGCAUAUUGGGGUGAAUGCAAACUUUUAUUUCAGUGGCAAUGCCAUCACAAAUGUCUGCAGCUUUGAAAGAAGCUAUUGAUGAUCUGGAAUGGCCCGGAUCAAGUAUCAAACUAACAUUACAACCAACUCCUCCUUCGGUUGCGUUCAGAAGUGAAGGCCAUGGUGAUCUACAGAUAGACUUUAUGUAUUAUGCAAAUACUGAUCUUUUAGCAGCUUUGAGCUGUGAUCGUGAAGUGUCUCAUCGGUAUAAAUAUAAAUUCUUACAGGCAACAACUUCUAAUAUACCAAGUAGUGUCGUCAAAGAUAACCGUGGCAGCAAGGUUACGGUUGGGAGAGGCGGAAUAUUGAAAGUUCAGCAUCUGGUCUCCGUUGUAAGGCAAUCACACCCACACAUUGAUUCUGCUGGUUAUCAGCCUCCUAGCAGGAUAGCAUACAUUGAGUUCUUUGUCAAGCCAGAGGAGGUUGAAGACAAUUGAGUCCCAUUCAAGCCUUCAAAGGUGACUCCUCCCUCUUCAUCAUAAUGCUAAUGCAUGCAUCUUUAGACUUUUCUAGCUAAACUUAUCUUGUGCAGUUACGCUUCUUCAAUAUAUGUGCUACAAAUAGUUGGGUGAUUACAUCAAGUAAUGUAGACAAAUUAUAAUGAAUUGGCCAAGUACUUUACAAUUAUAAUUUUGGGCUAUUAAAAAUUGGUAUUGAUUUUCAAUUUGUCUUGUGAUUAUAGUUUUGGGCUUAUUGUCAGCUUCCAAUUAUAGUUUUGGGCUUAUUGUCAGCACUGUUUCAAGAACAGUAUAACUAUUCUGUGGUACUAAUUGGUCGUAUUCAUUCAGGGAUAUCACUUGCUUGCUGGAAACUGGUAUCAUUUCUCACAUUCCCUAUAUACGUAAUGCUUUUGUUAGUGAAUAUCAUGCUAAAUGCUUUGCUUAUUAUGUCUCAACAAAAAGUGUAGGGAUGGUUUGAUUGUGAAUAUCAUGCUAAAUGCUUUCCCUAUGAAGUACUCAAUAUUGGGGCUCAUUUGAUUCUUAAUUACUAACAAAAUUAUUUGGUGUAGGGAAACAUAUCUUCGUUGGAAAUUUUUUGUACUCAAUGACGAAGUUGGUGAUAGCUACAAGCAUUUUGGAUGCGCGAUGUUUUGGGUUAUGAAGUAGCUAUAUGUGCACUUGUAUAUUUUUGGACUUUUUCAAAGUGCCUAUCACUUGUAAAUUUUUGCAUAAAAACUUGUGUAUGGUUGGAGAAUUAUGUUGAAAAAUUGGUUAUCCGAUCCGUUACAUGUAUAUGAAUUACGUAUAUUUUUGACACGAUAAUAUUUGGGACGUGUGAUAUUUUGGGAUACGACUUAAUAUAUAAUGAUAAUCGGUGAUAUUAGUU